AUGGAUAGGUACCAGAAGGUGGAGAAGCCUAAGCCCGAGUCUCCAAUCAACGAGAAUGAGAUCCGAAUCACAACCCAGGGCGCUAUUCGCAACUACAUCACCUACGCCACUUCGCUUCUUCAGGAAAAGAAUGCAAGAGAGAUUGUCUUAAAGGCAAUGGGACAAGCAAUCAGCAAGACUGUUGCCAUUGCAGAGAUUUUAAAGAAGAGAAUUCCCAGGAUGCACCAAGAUACUGGCAUAAGCUCAGUUAGCAUAACAGAUGUGUGGGAACCCAUUGAAGAGGGUCUUGUACCUGUGGAAAUGACUCGACAUGUCUCUAUGAUCUCAAUCACCCUAUCAGCUAGAGAAUUAAACAAAAAUUCUCCUGGGUAUCAAGCUCCAAGUAGUGUCGAACAACCAAAACCACAGGUCAAUUAUCAACAGCAACCGAUAAAACCAGCACGUGUUCCAUAUAAUGCUGUAAAUGAAGAUUCAUAUGGACGAGGACGAGGCCGCGGUCGGGGGAGAGGAAGAGGAAGGAAUUGGGGAAGGGGUGGUUAUGGCUAUCAAGGUGGUUAUGGAAAUUAUCAAGGCGGAUAUGGAUACUACCAGGGGGGGUAUGCAAAUUAUCAAGAUAAUGGUGGGUAUUCAAAUCGGGGACGAGGUGGUGGGCGAGGUAGAGGUUGGGGGUAUCGAGCAGGUACUGGUUAUGACGGUGGCAGGGGUGGAGGUGCAGGGUAUGAAGGUGGCAGAGGUGGAGGUGCAGGGUACGAGGGUGGUAGAGGUGGUGGGUAUGAAGGUAGCAGAGGUGGUGGGUAUGAAGGGGGCAGAGGUGGUGGGUAUGAAGGGGGCAGAGGUGGUGGGUAUGAAGGGGGCAGAGGUGGUGGGUAUGAAGGGGGAAGAGGUGGUGGGUAUGAAGGUGGUAGAGGUGGUGGGUAUGAAGGUGGAAGAGGUGGUGGAUAUGAAAGAGGCAGAGGUGGAGGAAGGGGUUAUGGGCGUGGUAGGGGUCGAAUGGGUGGACGUACAAGGGGUGGUGGAAACCAGGCAUGA